AGCGGAGCUGUGCAUAAAGCCAACUGUCUGCAAAUGUCAGGUUAUUGUCUUAGUUUUGUAUUCUUUUAUUACUGUGCCAGUUCAAAGCAACAUGUGUAUAUUGUGGUCAGUGACUGCAGUUUCAUGUUUAACUAAGCUGCAUGACUGGGUCAACAUCAAUCCAACCUUUGACCUUGUGUACCUGACUGUGACAGAUGUGAAUCUCACAUGUUGGCAAAGAGAGUUCCCCCGCUCCAGAGCUUCCUGUUGAGGUUUUCCCGGACCGCCAGUCACCUUGCCAGACACAAGUAUGAUGUCAUUGUGGUGGGUGGGGGGCAUGCGGGGACGGAGGCGGCAGCGGCAGCAGCUAGAGUGGGAGCUGAGACCCUCCUCGUGACCCAGAAAAUCCACACCAUUGGUGCCCUGUCCUGUAACCCCUCUUUGGGAGGAGUAGGGAAGGGCCAUCUUGUGAAGGAGGUGGAUGCUCUGGAUGGGCUGUGUGGGCGAGCAGGGGACUGGGCUGGGAUCCACUUCUCCAUCCUGAACCGCAGGAAAGGCCCUGCCGUGUGGGGCCCGCGGGCCCAGCUGGACCGCGAGCUCUAUCGCCAGUUCAUCCAGUCGGAGCUGCUGUCCACCCCCAGGCUGACGGUGUUGGAGGGUUCUGUGGAGGAGCUGCUGCUGACGGAGCCCGACCCGGAGGAGCCGGGACACCACCGAGUCACUGGGAUACGUUUGGCAAAUGGAAGCCAGCCUGUCUCAGCCAGCUCCGUGGUACUCACCACUGGUACUUUCCUGUCUGGUUCCCUUUUUAUGGGCCAGACCACUUCCCCGGGGGGCAGGAUCGGAGAUGCCCCGUCGAGUGCCGGGCUGUCCCACACGCUUCGGGAGAGGUUGGGGCUGAGGGUGGGCAGACUGCGGACCGGCACCCCUCCCAGGAUUGUGAAGGAUUCGGUCGACUUUUCCCUGGCCUCCCUUCAUGCCCCUGACAAACAGCCCACACCGUUCAGCUUCCUCAAUACUCACACACGCUGCAAGCCUGAAGAGCAGCUGCCCUGCUACCUGACCCAUACUACACCUGGUGUGGAGAAGGUAGUGAGAGAGAGUCUUCACCUCAACUGUCACAUACAGCAGGACACUAAGGGCCCCAGGUACUGCCCCUCCAUCGAGUCGCGAGUGCUUCGCUUCCCAGGUCGACGGCACCAGGUGUGGCUGGAGCCAGAGGGGUUGACCUCUGACCUUUUGUAUCCUCAGGGCCUGUCCAUGACCAUGCCCCCCGACGUGCAGCUCUGCCUCAUUAGAGAAAUCCCGCCCCUGCACCGGGCCGAAAUCCACACACCUGGUUAUGGUGUGCAGUAUGACUUUGUGUGCCCCACUCAGCUCAGCCCCGCCCUGCAGGUGAAAAGCACCCAGGGUCUGUUUCUAGCUGGACAGAUCAACGGAACAACAGGAUACGAGGAGGCUGCUGCACAGGGCUUGUGGGCGGGGGUGAACGCGGGGCGCUGGGCUCUCUCCAUGCCUCCAGUGGCGCUGUCACGAACAGAGAGUUACAUUGGAGUUCUCAUUGACGAUCUGGUGAGCCGGGGCGUCACAGAGCCGUACCGCAUGUUCACCAGCCGAGCUGAGUUUCGAACGUCCCUGAGGCCGGACAACGCUGACCUCCGCCUCACCCUCAAAGGGUUUGAGGAGGUGGGAUGUGUGUCCUCCUUACGCUACCAGGAAGCUGUGAGAGUGAGGGACAGUCUCCAAGACGCACUGGCAGCCCUGCAGUCUCUGGUUCUGCCUACGAGUAGCUGGAAAAAAAUACUGGGCGACGUCGGUAUCAGUGAGACCAAGAACAGCAUCCUGAAUGGUAUGGAUUUGUUGCAGUACAACAACGUGUCCUUUGAAAUGUUGGCAUCUGCGUUCCCAGAGCGCUUUUCGCCUCACUUGGAAUUCUCACAAAGACUCGAGAUCGAGGCCAUAUACAGGCCACACUGUGACCUGCAGAGGAAAGAGAUGGAGAGAAUCCAGAGGGAGGAGAGCCUGUCUCUUCCCCCGGACAUGGAUUAUUUGUCUUUGCCGGUGUCUCUGUCCCAGGAAGUCAGAGAGAUCCUGGACAGAGUACGACCCAGCACUCUUGGUGCUGCGACACGUUUGCAAGGGAUGACACCUGCUGCAGUCGUCCAGCUCCUCAGCUAUGUCCACCAAACAGGAAAGAAGGAGAGACGAUCUCACAGAAACCAAUUAGACCAAAAGGGGAGGGAAGAGGACGGGUGCACAAGAAAUGUAGUUUUGCCACAGUGAAAUGAUGACUAUUUAAAACGGUUUGUAAAAAACUCUGUAUUUCUGAAAAUGUACAAAAAUGAAAUAAAGUUAUUUUAGGAAAA